AUGGAUGAAGAAUAUAAAGAAGAAACUGAACAAGUCUCUGUUUCUCAAAAAUCGGUGAGUGAAUACAAAAUCGAAACAGAUCUCGAUAAAGCUAAAUUAAAUCUAUUACAUCAAACUAUUUUAGCACAAAAUUCAGCAAUUGCCGAACAAGACACCAAAAAAUUUACAUUACUUACAGAAGAAUUAGUUAAUUUUGAUUCUAAAUAUCUUAAAUCCAUUUCUCAGUUCAUUUACGAUCAAGAUUACUUUAAUAAUUUAAUAUCCCUUAUUUUAACAAUUGAAGACCUUGACAUCCUCAAUCUCAGCUUAAAGACACUUAGAAUCAUUAUUUUAAACGACCAUGACUCUUUAGAACAAAUUCCACUAAAUGAUUUGUUACCAAAGCUAUCAGAAAUACUCAAACUCGAUUACAAUGAAUGCUCAGAAACUUGCUUAUCUUUCAUCAACACUCUCGCAGAAAUUAAUGAAGAAUUGAUUGAAUUAACUUCAGAUUUUGUUUCUCCUGAAAUGCUUAAUAAUUUCAUGCAUUUAUUUACAGGGGGAAGCCGUAAAGACUAUUUCAAACGUCCACAUGCUCUUUCGCGUCAAAUUACGAUUUUUCUAAAUAAUAUCACGAAACUUGAACUUUCUGUUGAACAAGCUGACUUUAUGAUUGACAUAUGCAAAAUAAUAAUUGAAAACGAAUCGGGAGGAACGGAUUUGGCUAUAAAUAUUUUAAUUAAAUUAUUUGGAAAGAAUUUAUUAACAUUACCUGAAUUCUUUGGGAAAGAAUUUCAUAAAUCAAUAGGAGAUCUGAUAGGUAAUGCAGAACAUGGCGAAAUACUAUCAAUUUGCAAUCUUUUUGAAUGUUUAAUUGAAAAUGAAUGGAAUUGUGAGGAUUUUCCAUUAGAAUUAACAUUAGAUGCUUUUGAUAAGAAUGAAAGUACUAUUGCAAGGUGUACAAUACUUGAUUUAUAUGAAAAAGUCUUAAAUGUUUGUGUAUCAUCAGUAAUUGAAGACUUUAUCAAUACAAAUGCAAUUCUAACAGUUGCAAAACAGAUAAAGGAGAAUACAAACACAAAUAUUACUGGAAGACAGCCCUAUUACGUUAAAAAAGAAUUUAAUAUUUUGCAAAAAGCUGCUGAUGUAUUAUUUAUACUUUACGAUAAGAUGACAUAUGCUGAUAUAGUUAGAGAAACUAAUGACGACGUUGUUCUUGCUUUAACAACACUUCUUGAGUAUGAUGAUGAAAAAUACACGUAUGGGAUACUUGUAACAACACUAAAAAUACUCAAAGCAUUCCAAAGCUGUGGACAACUUGAUGAUUUCCUUGUUAAUAUGUAUUAUAAAUAUGAUGCAAGCGAAUUAUUUAUUCAUCUUGGCCAGGAUUUGGAAGAUGAAGAUCUAAUUGACUUAUUUAACCAGGUAAUGGAUAUGAUACCUGAGUAA